CGGUUUCCAGGUGAAGAAGGAGAAGAUCAGAGAAAAAAAGUGUCCGUGAGGGAGAGGCGGCCACAGGAGAGGCCGGGGCCCCGCGAGGACGGCGUUUCUGAGGGGAAAUUAGGCCCGGGCUGUCGAAUGGGAUCGUUUUGGUGGCGAUUGGGAGUCAGUAAGCACGUAAAACCUGAAGAAAAGUACGUGUGACGAUGCUUCGAGGGAUUUUCUGACUGGAUUAGCCCGGAAUUGUUUCUGCGAUUGUUUGCUGUGAUCCUGAUGAGCUGGUUGAUUCUACUGUGUUUCGGGUGGCAUUAAGAGGUGGAGAAGCUACUCGCGGGUCCUCAAAUAAUGUUCUGACCGAGAGGCGAGAAAUACUGCACCCAAAUCACGUUCGCGGCUGCAGACUGAAAACAUGUGACGUCCUCCCUGUUGUCUGCGUUGGAGGCGACAGAGGAAAGGAAAGACAAUUGUGCAGGUCUGCGGGAUCAUGAUGUUUCGGGAUCAGGUUGGCGUGCUGGCCGGGUGGUUCAAAGGCUGGAACGAAUGCGAGCAGACGGUGGCUCUCCUGUCUCUGCUCAAGAGGGUCAGUCGGACACAGGCUCGCUUCCUUCAGAUCUGCCUGGAACACUCACUGGCCAACUGCACUGAGAUCCACAUAUUGGAGGGAGAGGCCAAUGACCCCGCAUUUGUCAGUCAUUGGCAUCAGGAACCGAAGGAACAGGUUGUUCUGCAGCUGCUGUCACACCUGCCUCUGCUCCAGCCAGGAAACGUGGAGGCAAAGUCCGAGUACAUGAAGCUGCUGCAGAAAGUCCUGUCCUAUUCCAUCGACAGUAACCUGUUCAUAGAGGAGAGCCGACAGCUGCUGUCUUAUGCACUGAUCCACCCGGCCACCUCGCUAGAGGAUCGGAGCUCCAUGGCCUUGUGGUUGACUCACUUGGAGGAGCGCAUGUCAAGUAACUACAGCUCUCAGAGCGCUAGCCGGGCAGACUCUGUGUACGCUGGCGUUUACAACCACAACCAGCGGCAGAAUGUGGAGGACAAGCUGAAUGAGUGGCAGAACCGAGCGGACUGUGGCAUGUAUGUCACGGUGCCCUCCUGGCAUGACAAGCCCACGUCCUGUGAGAACGGCCACUUGCCACUGCACACGUCAGUGUCUGUGCCGUCUGCCAUGAACAGCGUGGGCAGCAACACAAGCACAGUUGCAGUUCUGCCAGGCCAAACCCAACACAGCCCCCUGAAGCGCUCUGUAUCGCUCACCCCGCCAAUCAGUAUGCCCAGCCAGUCCCUGAUCAGCGAGUGGAUGUCACCAGAUGAUCUGCGCUCCAGGACGGUGUACGUCCCCGCAGACCACGCCCCGCUGUCGCCCCAGAGCAGCAUCGCCUCCUCGGGGAGUGGGGGCAGCGAGCAGACAGACGAGCAGGGCUCCAGCCGCAAUACCUUUCACGAGGACGGCAGUGGAAUGAAAGAUGUUCCCACUUGGUUGAAAAGUCUUCGGCUACACAAGUAUGCAUCGCUCUUUUCUCAGCUAACUUACGAGGAGAUGAUGACACUGACAGAACAACAGCUGGAGUGUCAGAAGGUCACAAAAGGGGCCCGGCACAAAAUCGCCCUGAGCAUUCAGAAGCUACGCGAGCGACAAGGCGUGUUGAAAUCCCUGGAAAAGGACAUUCUCGAGGGGGGAAACCUACGGAACGCUCUCCAGGAGCUACAGCAGAUAGUGAUCACCCCUAUCAAAGCUUACAGCCUUCAGAGAGCCCCCAGGGAGGCCCUAAACCCUGACCUCAGCAAAUCUUCCCCCAGUGCCGGGGAGCUGAGUGGGGACACCCGAACUAACAAAGCCCCUGGUGAGAAGGGCUUUCAGAUUUCGCACGCCUCGCCCUGUGAUGGGGAGUCGGCAGCAGCUCCUGUGCCUGAAGGAGACAUCGCUGGACAGUUCACCAGAGUCAUGGGCAAAGUUUGCACUCAGCUGCUGGUGUCCAGACCAGAUGAAGAAAAUAUAAGCUCUUACUUGCAGCUGCUAGAGAAGUGCCUGACUCAUGAGGCUUUCACUGAAACGCAGAAGAAAAGGUUAUUCUCCUGGAAGCAGCAGGUCUUUAAGCUAUUGAGGUCUUUCCCCAGGAAGUCCCUCCUAGAGAUGCCUGGUGUCCGCCAACAGAGAAGCUGGGCUUUUGGUCAGUCCAACUCCCUGCCCACAGCGGGUUCUGUGGGUGGGGGACUCGGGCGGCGAGGCCAGCGGCCGUUCCCGAUCCCCCCUCGGGUUCUGUCUGCUGGCCGCAUGGGGCUGAUCGGCACCUCCCCCAGCGCUGCUGCUGGUGGUCUCAGUGUCUCACCACGACAUUCACUCAAUCCUCUCACAAGCCAAGGCCGGCAGAACCUGUGGUUUGCUAACCCAGGAGGCAGUAACAGCAUGCCGAGUCAGAGCCGCAGCUGUGUGCAUCGCACUCACUCUCUCCCUGUGCACACCUCACCACAAGCCAUCCUGAUGUUCCAACAGUCAGAAUGCCAGGUUCCAGUCACAGAGCCUGAGAUUAACACCAGGCUGGAGUCACUGUGUCUCAGUAUGACGGAGCACGCCUUAGGAGAUGGAGUUGACAAAACAUCGACUAUUUAGUUCACUGAAACGAACCUCACUUAUGAACACUUAUUGAGAGACUGACAUUUACUCAGCAGGAAAUGCCACUAAAGUUCAAGAGGCCACUACACCUUACAAUGUCCACCUUUACUGACCUUUAUUUAACUUUGGAGGGGAAUAGGCCGGUACCCAGACUACUAUUCCCUAUUCCCCUGGUCUGUCCGUGUUUCUGGUACAUUUUUGUUUUUGUUUUUAAAAUGUUUUUCCAACGACCAUAUGCCCGGUCGAAGGGUCCUCUCUACACCGAAUGCCCGGUACAAAUAGUCCAAUCAUUUAGCUUCAAGGCUCGGUUAGAGAGAAAAGGGAGAACGAGACAAGAGAUUAGUGAAUGACAGCACAAGGCAAGUGAGCGGUGCUCCAGGCUGUACGAGGCGAACGCAGGUACCUCUUUGUGCUGGUGUUGUGAUGGUCUUUACGAUAAACUCUGUCUGGAUGCCUUGGUCCCUUUGUCUGCCACACAGGUCUGGUACCCGUGUCCGCACUACACGCCAGUCGUCAGGUCUGGUAUUUGUAAUCUGUCUUUCACUAAUUUAUCCUGAAACCUCUGGUCAAACUGUUGCAACAAAAAAGUGCUGAAUACAAGUUAAAAAACGUGUGUUUUUUUUACAUUUUAAAAAAAGACAGUAAUUUGUUCUGAAGCCUGCAUUAAUUACUAAGGAUAUUUUUUUCAAUUAAAAAAAUAUAUCAUUAAAAGCCACGCACGCAGGCUUGCGUUUACCUGCUGUGAAAGUGCAUUUAUAAUUUUUAGAAAAAAGAAAGAUUUCACUAACUUGGUGAGCGAUUGUUGCGGAGCGGGUGAUCAGUUGUGUGUGUGUCUGUGUGUCCAGUGCGUAGCUGACAGGGAAAUUGUGCACAAUUCUGUUCAGCUUUGAGUAGCUCGAACCGAAUGCACUACCGACUAACAUGGCACUACCUUAGGGGACCUUCCCUUUGGGAUCUCAUGAAUUUCACCUGGGCUGACUUUCUGACUCCCAAACCUUCUUGUUGGAGAUGUCAUUGAAAAUAAUUCAAUUUUCUUUUGUU